ACGUGGCCGGGCGCACUCCAAUGGGCGGCGCCGGGGCGACCUGAUGUUCCCGGCGGCCCGUGCGUCGGCGGUGGUUGGGUGGUAAGAUGGCGGCUGUGAGUCUGCGGCUCGGCGAUUUGGUGUGGGGGAAACUCGGCCGGUAUCCUCCUUGGCCAGGAAAGAUUGUUAAUCCACCCAAAGAUUUGAAGAAACCGCGUGGAAAGAAAUGCUUCUUUGUAAAGUUUUUUGGAACAGAAGAUCAUGCCUGGAUCAAAGUGGAACAGCUAAAGCCAUACCAUGCACACAAGGAGGAAAUGAUAAAGAUUAACAAGGGAAAACGGUUCCAGCAAGCUGUGGAUGCCGUUGAAGAGUUCCUCCGGAGAGCCAAAGGGAAAGACCAGACAUCGUCCCACAAUUCUGCUGAUGACAAGAAUCGGCGUAAUUCCAGUGAGGAGAGAAGUAGGCCAAACUCAGGUGAUGAGAAGCGGAAGCUUAGCCUGUCUGAAGGGAAGGUGAAGAAGAACAUGGGAGAAGGAAAGAAGAGGGUGUCUUCAGGCUCUUCAGAGAGAGGCUCCAAGUCCCCUCUGAAAAGAGCCCAAGAGCAGAGUCCCCGGAAACGGGGUCGGCCCCCAAAGGAUGAGAAGGAUCUCACCAUCCCUGAGUCUAGUACCGUGAAGGGGGUGAUGGCUGGACCGAUGGCCGCGUUUAAAUGGCAGCCAACUGUGAGCGAGCCUGUGAAAGAUGCAGACCCUCAUUUCCAUCAUUUCCUGCUCAGCCAAACUGAGAAGCCAGCUGUCUGUUACCAAGCAAUCACAAAGAAGUUGAAAAUAUGUGAAGAGGAAACCGGGUCCACCUCCAUCCAGGCAGCAGACAGCACAGCCGUGAAUGGCAGCAUCACACCCACAGACAAAAAGAUAGGAUUUUUGGGCCUUGGCCUCAUGGGAAGUGGCAUCGUCUCCAACUUGCUAAAAAUGGGUCACACGGUAACCGUCUGGAACCGGACUGCAGAGAAAUGUGAUUUGUUCAUCCAGGAGGGGGCCCGCCUAGGAAGAACCCCCGCUGAAGUCGUUUCAACUUGUGACAUCACCUUCGCCUGCGUGUCAGAUCCCAAGGCAGCCAAGGACCUGGUGCUGGGCCCCAGUGGUGUACUGCAAGGGAUCCGCCCUGGGAAGUGCUAUGUGGACAUGUCAACAGUGGAUGCUGACACAGUCACUGAGCUGGCCCAGGUGAUUGUGUCCAGGGGGGGCCGCUUUCUGGAAGCCCCGGUCUCAGGGAAUCAGCAGCUGUCUAAUGACGGGAUGUUGGUGAUCUUAGCAGCAGGAGACAGGGGCUUGUAUGAGGACUGCAGCAGCUGCUUCCAGGCAAUGGGGAAGACCUCCUUCUUUCUAGGUGAGGUUGGCAACGCAGCCAAGAUGAUGCUGAUCGUGAACAUGGUCCAGGGAAGCUUCAUGGCCACCAUCGCUGAGGGCUUGACCCUGGCCCAAGUGACAGGCCAGUCCCAGCAAACACUCUUGGACAUCCUCAAUCAGGGACAGUUGGCCAGCAUCUUCCUGGACCAGAAGUGCCAAAAUAUCCUGCAAGGAAACUUUAAGCCUGAUUUCUACCUGAAGUACAUCCAGAAGGAUCUCCGCUUAGCCAUUGCCCUGGGUGAUGCGGUCAACCAUCCUACUCCUAUGGCAGCUGCAGCCAACGAGGUGUACAAAAGAGCCAAGGCACUGGACCAGUCUGACAACGACAUGUCUGCCGUGUACCGAGCCUAUAUACACUAAGCCCUCGAUACCCCAUCCCUGCCCCCCAAGUCUUCCCUCUGGCCCCUCCUCCUCACAUGGGGUUGGGGUCCUGGGACUUAGCUCUGGACCAGUCCACCUGUCUCCAUCUCCUUUUCUACAGACUUUGAGACUUGCCAUCAGCACAGCACACAGCGUCACCCCUCCCCUGGAGGUCCUGGGGAGGGGAGGGGUGUCAGCAGGAUUGGCCUUUGGGAAAGCUCUUGAGCUGGGCACUGGCCCCGGACUAGGUGGCUGUGUGUUCACACACACACACACACACACACACACACACACACACACACACCCUACACACCACACACUGGCUCUCGCCCCAGGAUAGAAGCUGCCCAGAAACUGCUGCCUGGCUUUUUUUUCCUCCUGAGCUUGUCUUAUCUCAGACCCUUUCCAGUAGAGGAACUAGAAUCAGCAGUGAGAACUGGAAGCCUUCCCACUGCUGCCGUCCCUCAGAGCAAAGAGGCUGUGGUUACGUCCACGUCCCCCCACUGGAUCCCCCAUGUGAGAGAGAGGCUCUGGGUCAAGAUGAGCCAGCACCGACUCCAAACAGAGGGUCCCCAUGGGCCCUCCAACCUCAGGUGACCAGCUGAUGAGGAUUGUCAUAUUUAAGCUACCAAUGUGCAACCAACUCUCCGUAAAUGCCUUUGUGAACUGAAAAGAGAUUGGCAAAGUUGAGCGAACACAGGGCUCUGGCUCUCCAGGGAGAGCAGCAAAUCGCCAGCACGUUAGGUGAGCCUCACAGAAGCCUGCUCUCCUCGCCGCUCUUGAGCACCUGUCCCAGAAGUCACCAUCACUGCAGAGCCCUGGGCUGGGAUCAGACUUCCUCACUUUGGUGUAGGGGGAGCUCACUCCUCACCAGGCUCUUAGUAUUUGGAUUUGCAUUCCAGCCCUUGGGAAGGGGAUCCUGAGGGCCACCAGGGAGGAGCAAAGAGGGAGGAGAGUGGGGUUCCUUCCUGUUUCCGUUAUGCUGCAGACUCCACCUGGAGCCACUCUGACUGGGUCCCCUCACAGCAGUCCCAUCCUCUCCAACCUGCUCCUGCACAUGUUCCCCACCUGCCUACCUUUUCAUUCUCCCUUCCUCCUCUUCUUCCCAUGGAGACAGUGUUUCUGUCCCUUCUUUGGCCCAAACCCAGCCUGACCAACGAUGGCCAUUUCUUAGGCUCAGCUCUUGAAACAGGAUCGAGUGUCUUCACUUCAGCCAGAAGCAUAGCCUUCAAUGCUUCCAGGGCCCCAGGGUCUUUUGGGAGGGAAGAGAACUGAACCUGACCCAACCUGAACUAACUGACCCAAAGAGGUAGAUCUAAGACAUCUUUGAGACCCUAACAUUUCUCCUUGGAUAGGGGACCAGAGGGACUUACGAUGUGGUGUAAAAACAAGGAGAAGUCACCCAAAGGAUGUCCAUGUUCUCUCCCUCUAUAUGGGUUGAAUUUUCCAAAGUUAUACUUUGCAGGUCAGCAUUUCUAGUGAAUAUAUAUAAUGAGGAGACCACACUGGUGUGGGCCCCUCCCCCUCACAAAUUUGGCCCUUUUCCACUGAUAGAACCCAGGCUAGGGGAUCUCAGAAGACAUAGGGGGGAGGGCAGGGAAGAUGCCUGCGGGUUUUUGGCAUAAUUUCACUGGGAUUUGGAAUUCUUUUCUGUCUGAACACAAAGCCUGUUCUAGUCCUAGCCGGACACUCGGGGUUGGGGGUGGGAGGGUGGGGGUGGGGGAAGAUGCUGUAAUGAAACUGGUUAGUCAAUGUUGUCUUAAUAUUGUUGACAAUUCUGUAAAGUUUCUUUUUAUGACUAUUUCUGUUUAAGCUAUUUCAUCUUUGUUUUGAAAUCCUUCCCUUUUAGAAGAAAAUGUGACACUUGUGAAAAAGCUUGUAAGAAAGCCCCUCUUCCACCAUCCCUUUUUUUUCCCCUUUAAACCUACUUUAAAUGACAAAUCUUCUAGGUAAUUAAGGUUGUGAAUUUUUAUUUUUGCUUUGUUUUUAAUGAGCAUUUGUCUUUCAGAAUAGGAUUGUGUGAUGUUUAAAUGGCAAAAACAAAACAUGAUUUUGUGCAAUUAACAAAAAAAGCUACUGCAAGCAAAAUAAAACGUUUCUUGGUAACACAA